CAUCAUCCUCAACCGGGCGAUGGACGGCUCUGUUGUCGCCGGAGGACCUUCGCCUCCGCCGCCACCGGUGGCGGAACUUGGGGAUACCGACAAUCUCAUCCUUCACUGGGACCCGACGGUUUUGCCGUCGUGCAACGAAAUGGUGUUCGACGGCAACUACAGCACCCACGCCGUGAGAAACUCGGUGGCCGGAACUAGGUUUAGCCAUAAAAAGUCACCGUCGCAGGCGAUCACCGUGGUUCAACUCGAAGACGAGUUCCGACACAUGCUUGUAUCUAGGGCAAACAACUACGAGAUCAACUCGCUCGUUGAUUUGGGCUCCCUCUCCCUCACCCAUUCUAACUCCGACGCCGAAGACGAGAAAUACCAGCUUCAGCGGGCCGAAGGAAGCAGUAGUGACCAAUUUACGAGCUACCGCUCCACUAGUAGCAUUCAUGUGAUCGAUCUCCUACCUCCCGAUGCCGUCAACAACCUUCGCAGCAUCGCCGAUCGGAUGAUCGCCGCCGGCUACGGCCGCGAAUGCUUUCAGUUAUACGGAAGCGUCCGUAAAUCCGUGUUGGAACUCUGUUUCCUUCAUCUCGGCAUCGAGAGGCUCCGUAUCUGCGAUGUCCAGCGGCUGGAGUGGGAUGCUCUGGAAUCCAAAAUCCGUCGGUGGAUUCGGACCGCUAGGGUUUGCUUUCGGAUCAUAUUUGCCAGCGAGCGCCGGCUCUGUGAUCUAUUAUUUAAAGGCUUGUCUGGAGACGAAACCCCCUUUGUUGAAUCGGUGAAGGGUUUGGCCAUCCAACUUCUUAGUUUCGCUGAGGCCAUCAGCAUUGGCCGCCGAUCUCCGGAAAAGCUCUUUAAGGUUCUCGAUCUCCAUGAUGCUCUGACGGAUUUACUUCCUGACAUCGCCAUCAUAUUCCGAUCCAGAGGAUCAGAAUCGAUAAACACGCAGGUUGUUGAGAUCAUCGCCAGGCUUGCCCAAGCUGUUCGAGGAAUCUUAUUGGAGUUUGAGAAUGCCAUUCUCAAAGAACCCUCGAAAAUUCCAGUUCCUGGAGGUACCAUUCAUCCUCUUACGAGGUAUGUGAUGAACUACAUCGGCCUCAUUUCUGAUUACAAGCAGACUCUGUUUCAACUCAUCAAUUCGAGGCCUACUCUGUUACUCGGCAAUGGCUUCGGUGGCGAUUUUCCGGAUAUAGAGCUGCCGGAACCAUUGAAUCAGUCUCCCCUUGCUUUCCAUUUAAUCUGGAUAAUCUUUAUACUCCAAUUCAAUAUUGAGAUUAAAGCGCAGGUCUACAAGGACGACUCUUUGUCCCAUCUUUUCCUAACCAACAACUUACAUUACAUUGUUCAAAAGAUUAAGGGAUCAACGGAGCUGAAAGAAUUGAUUGGGGAUGAUUAUCCGAGGAAAUUGACGGCUAAGUUCCGGCAGCUGGCUACUGGUUAUGAGAGAACAACAUGGUUGAAGAUUCUAUACUGCUUGAGAGAUGAGGGUUUACAUACAGGAGGAAGCUUAUCAUCUUCUGUGUCAAAAUCCAGUCUUAGAGAGAGAUUCAAAGCUUUCAAUGCCGCAUUUGAAGAAGUUCAUCGAACGCAAUCGCUGUGGUGUGUGCCCGAUUCUCAGCUAAGAGAGGAGCUAAAAAUUUCAAUACUUGGAAAGUUAUUACCAGCUUACAGAUCAUUUCUGGGACGAUUCAGGAGUGAAAUAGAGAGCAGAAGACAUCCAGAGAUGUAUCUUAAGUACUCAACUGAGGAUCUAGAGAUAGCUUUGGCUGAUUUUUUUGAAGGUUGCCAGCCUCGUCCACUUGGUAGGAGAAAGUCCCGUUGAAGGUUAUUUAGGCUUGCAGAAGCUAUUCUUUUUUUCUUUUUGUGUUCGAUGGAUGACGAGAAAACAUGGCGUUGAUUGAAAAUCUCAAUCAAAGAUGUUCUUUUCGGAUGACUUGGAGAC